GCCAUGGCUAGGGCUUUCUCCAUUUCAUCUUCCAACCUUUUCUUCUUCAUCUUUCUCAUAUUCUCUCAUGCCACAAUCCCAAUUCUCGGGGACGAAUACAGCUAUGUCAAGCGAGUCGAUCCCAAGAAAAUGGGGAUGAGGAAGGAAAAGCUAAGUCAUUUUCGAUUUUACUGGCAUGAUAACGUUAGCGGCCGUAAUCCGACCUCCAUUCAAGUAGUUGCACCACCUACCAACUCAACGACUGCGUUUGGCUUGGUAAAUAUGAUCGAUAAUCCAUUAACCAUUGGGCCUAAAUUGAGCUCAAAAAUGGUUGGAAAGGCUCAAGGGCUUUAUACCUCUGCAUCGCAAGAAGAGAUUGGACUACUAAUGAUUAUGAACUUUGCAUUCUUUGAUGGUAAGUACAAUGGUAGCACAUUCACUGUAUUAGGACGGAAUACAGUAUUUUCUAAAGUGAGGGAGAUGUCAGUGAUCAGUGGCAGUGGACUUUUCCGAUUUGCUAGAGGUUAUGUUGAACUUAAAACUUACUCGGUAAAUAUAGCCACAAGAGAUGCUAUAGUUGAGUAUAAUGCUUAUGUUUUGCAUUAUUAAACUUCUUCCCAUUUUUUCCAAGCUUUUGUUGAGCUUUGGCCCGCUAUUGUGACAACUUGAAUCAUUAUGUUCCCACCAUGUGCUAAGUGGGGCCCUUUGAUGUUUAAUUAAAUUAAAUUACGUGUUUGAGUAGUAUAA